AUGUCUCAUCCCCAUACCACGCCUGAAUAUCGGCUUGCCCGUUCAGACUCGAAAAACCCAGCAACGACAUGCUGGGGCCUGAGGGCUGACGGGCAGAAGUGCCGUCGGACUGUGGCCUCAGCCAUAUCAUCGCCUUCUGCUCGGGCAUCAAAAGGAGCGAUUCCGGGCACCGGAGGAAUUGGCAAUGCCUCCACGGUUGUAUUUUGCUGGCAGCACAAGGACCAGGAGGUUCGUGCCCCCCAGGUCUUAACGGAAUCGCCUAAGCACCCUGCUUCAAGUCUGAGAGCACGAUCCAGUAUUGAAACUUUGGUAGAGAGAGUUGGAUUGCUGGAUGUUGGCGAUCAACCCCGCGCCGCUUCGGCGGGGAAGGUGUUUGACUCAGCUUCUGCACACGGAAAGCCUGCCAAAACCUCCCUUGGCUCGAGGCUGCCCCCAGACGGGCAUGGCCUCCAGCGCCGUGGAACAAGAAGGCAUUCGAUGGAUUCUCCAGGAGACCGGAUGUUCCAGGUGGAUAAUGCACCCAUAAGUCCCGCAGGGCCAAGACCCGGUUUAUCCCAGUAUUCAACGAAAUCAAGGAGAAAGUCCAACGUUGGAGGAAAACUUGUUCGUUUUAUUAUGGGAAUGGGUAAAGAUGAAGAUAUCGUCAUUUCGAGAGUGCGACACCCUCGCACGCCUUCAGACUACAAAUCACGAACCUCCAAUCCAUCUGCUCGACCGCCAGCUGUUCAUACCCCGCCUCAAUCCACAGAUACCAUUCAUGAUGGGAGGCAUUACCGCGCGUCCCGCGUAUCUGAUGUUCAUGGAUUUUCGCCCCUCGCAGUGCCUCAACCGGCAACUCCGGAGCGCCGACCUCGAACCAGCCCACAAUAUCUAUCACCUUCACCAGAAGAACCAGGAUAUAUAUAUAUGUGCUGGGUAACAUCACAAACGCAAGCCGCCUCCCCACCACCAGCGGAGAUCGCUUCCUCACUCCUCCUCUCAUCGCCCAGCGACGGCAUUAGAAGAAGAAACACGGGCGAAAUCAUGCGUUCCGUUGGCGUUUCUCCAAACAAAGUACAUGUCCCGCAACAAAACAGCGCCACAGACACCAUCACCCUGAAGAUCGGCCGCGCGGCCAACGUCCACCGCCGAAUGAAUCAGUGGAAGGAGCAGUGCGGGCACAACCUCACUCUUAUGCGGUAUUAUCCGCAUGUGGCUUCGUCGCCAUCCGUGCAUCCGGGGGCAUCGAUACCGCCUCGCAAGGUACCUCAUGCGCAUAAAGUAGAGCGGUUGGUGCAUCUGGAGCUGGCGGAUAGAAGGGUCAAGCUGCAGGAACCUUGCGGUCGCUGUGGAAGGAAGCAUAAGGAAUGGUUUGAGAUUAAGGCCGAUAGGGAACAGCUAAGAACGGUCGAUGAAUGCGUGAGGAGGUAG